AUGGAUAACUAUCUGCGCCAUUGGAGAGAGGUCGCGCAAGGUGUGGUGUCUUGCGUCAGGCGCACCAUCAGCGAAUGGGCUAUGGAUGGGUUCAUUUAUCGGGUGUCCCGCGAGAAGAGAGUGAUAGGAGUCUUCAAGAGCAGCAAGAGAGUCCAUAUAAACAAUAGGCCAACAGGAAAUUCAAAUUUUGUAUUUUUUUUUAAAUGUCAAGUUUUCAACGCAUUGAAGAGGAAAACAAUCAACAUUUGUUCACCAUCAUCUGUUAAUUAA